AUGGCAAAAAAGUCUUCCAUAUCGCCAAACUUUGCGACCACAGCCGGCCAGCGCGAAAGCAAUGCUAGUCCGCCUUGGUUGUCGGUGGGCAGGGCCAUCGCAUUGCUCCUCCUUGCUGCCGUAUCCUCUCCGCUCUCUCAACGCGCCCUGGCUCCGGUUUACGGUUCGACACCCUCGAGCGCUUACCACCGUGCUGUAACCAUUGCUGCCAUCUUCACGGGCUCCAUCCUAAGGCAUCGUUUCCCACGAUUCAUUGGCCGACAGGACGCCAAUUUUCUCCCGGCUCUUGCGUUUGCGAUUCCGACCAUCCAAUUUUUCCUGUUCAAACAGAGUUCAUCCCUGGGAAAUCCAAUUGGCCCCUUCGUGACAGAAUUGGCGACCUUCUUCCCAUUGCUAUUGCUGUCCGUCUCCGCUUCUUCUGCGCUCCUCGGUGUUUUGCGUCUUCAGGAUUAUGGAGAGAUAGUAGCUGAACAUGCGCCUCUCAUCGGUAGCCUGGUCCUGUAUAGCUUCGGAGAGAAAGUUGCUCAGUCUGCUCUUUCGAAAUUUAUUGGGUCGAGCUUCCUCUUGACGUGCUCCGCGCUGCAGCUGGUAGUAGCGUUCCUAUAUGCUGCAACUCUUCCGUCGAUAUGGGUGCUCCUCGCUCUCCCGUCUCUGCUCUUCUCAGCGACUUCCAACGUGCACAUGCCCUUUGACCGUACGACUGCGGUACUGAACUCCACCCUCCACGGGUACGGCUACAAUCUCGUUGCUCGUCAAGAGUCGUUGACCGGUUAUAUUUCGGUCUUGGAAAACACGAAAACGGGUUUCCGUGCCAUGAGAUGCGACCAUAGCCUUCUCGGCGGGGAAUGGACGAAGACCCCAGCGGGCUACAAUCCAAGGGCAAGAGAUCCUAUUUAUGCUGUGUUUGCCAUGCUCGAGGCAGUUAGACUGGUCGAACCUGAUGAUGGAAGCCGUGCGCGUGCGGACAAAGACAGCAGCGCACUCGUUAUGUAUGGGGUGCCAAUUAUAUUAGGACUUGGAAUCGGGACCACGCCUUCUGCAUUGAUCAGCCAUGGGAUUGAUACCACCAUUGUCGAGAUCGACCCUGUAGUGCACAAGUUCGCGACACAGUACUUCCACCUUCCCGCCAACCACACGCCCAUCAUCGAGGAUGCGGUGACGUUCGUGCAGAAGGCCCAGAAAGAGCCGGAAUCCCGCCGGUACGACUAUAUCGUGCAUGAUGUGUUUACAGGCGGUGCGGAGCCGGUAGAAUUGUUCACGCUCGAAUUCAUGCAGGGACUGAACUCACUGCUCAAAGAUGAUGGUGUCAUUGCAAUUAAUUACGCCGGAAAUCUCACCCUCCCGUCAGCGGGACUCGUCGUUCGCACGAUCCAGACCGUGUUUCCCUCGUGCCGUAUCUUCCGUGAAGACGAGGCCUCGAAGGAGUCGCCGACAGCAGACUUCUCCAACAUGGUAGUUUUCUGCAAGAAAUCAGCCGCACAGCCGCUGCGAUUCCGACAGCCCACGCAAGCAGAUUUUCUGGGCAGCAAGUCGCGCGAGUCGUACCUGUUGCCCAAACAUGAGAUUGACCCGGGCGUGUUCGAAGCCCUCGAGGCUCCUAAGAAGCAGCGCAUCCUGAAAGUUGGGGAAACCGACAUUCUGCAGGCGUACCAUGCGCACAGUGCGCUGGGUCAUUGGCAGAUCAUGAGGACAGUCCUUCCGGCCGAGAUAUGGGAAAAUUGGUGA